AUGGCCUCAUUCUUCCGCCCUCACUACCACACCGCGCCUCAGCCCAACUUCCAGGGUCUGUUCCGCCUGAUCGAUGACUUUGACAAGUACUCAUCAGAGGGCCCGAGCCACUCGCGCCAGGGCCGCAGCAGCUGCGUCAGCUCCUUCACCCCGAAGUUCGACAUGAGAGAGUCGGAAACCGCCUACGAGCUGUACGGCGAGCUUCCCGGCAUCGCCAAGGAAGACAUUCACAUCGAGUUCACCGAGCCUCAGACCCUGCAAGUCCGCGGCCGCAUUGAGCGCACCCAUACUGCCGGCACGCCGCCGGCCGGCCUCGUUGAUGGCAAGGCCGAUGAGAUGAGCGGCGCCAUCACCGACAGCGGCGAGGAGGCCGUUCUGGUCGACCACGCCGAGACGGCUUCGGUCAAGUCCCACCAGGCAACCGUCGAGGAUGAUCCCGAGGAGACGUCAGCAGCAGGAUCCACCGCCAGCACUCCCCAGGACACACCCGCCACCACUGUCGCCGAGACGGUCAAGGCCGAUGAGCCGAAGCAGCAGCGCAGAUCCGAGGCUCUGAAGCACAAGUACUAUCUGGUCGAGCGCAACCUCGGCCAGUUCUCACGGUCAUUUGCCUUCCCCAGCCGCGUCGACAAUGAUUCCGUCCAGGCCUCGCUCGACAAUGGCAUCCUGACCAUCGUUGUUCAGAAGGCCAAGAAGCACCAGAGCCGCCGCAUCGCCAUCAACUAA